AUGGCGGCCUGUACUUUAUUCGAUAACUUUAUUGUCGCCUCAACAUUUCGCUCUAUACAAAACUCUUUCUACCAACUUUGUGUAGCACUCGACAUCGACCCUACAGAUGCCAUCAACGUCUACCGAAAGCUCCGCUUAUUAAACGACUGGAAAGCGCAAAAAUUAUGGAAAUUACUGGAUAAGAAAUGGGAACUCGCUGAGUACAAGAAACAGAGAGCUGGCGAAUUGCUCAACGUUCUUGUUAUUGGAGCAGGUCCAUGUGGUUUACGAUCGGCUAUCGAAUGUGCCUUGCUGGGAUGUCGAGUGGUUCUCGUAGAACAACGAGAUCGUUUCAGUCGGAACAAUGUUCUGCAUCUCUGGGAAUUUGUUAUCCAAGAUUUGAAGUCUCUAGGAGCCAAAAUUUUCUAUCCCAAAUUCUGUACCGGUAGCAUAGAACACAUCAGUAUUCGGCAGUUGCAGUGUAUCCUUUUGAAAGUUGCACUUUGUUUCGGAGUUCAAAUUCAUGAUUCUGUAUCAUUUGUACAGUUGCUUUUCCCCAAGAAAGUGGAUAAUAUUGUUACGGGAUUUCGUGCCUGUCUCGAACCUAAAGGACACAUUCUAGCCGAAACCGACAUCGACGUCCUGAUAGGAGCUGAUGGGAAGCGAAAUACUAUACCAGGCAAGCUCCCUUCGAGAACUAAAUCGGGAAAUUUGAAUGGUUUCCUAGAGCGAAUGUGCAUCGAUGAAGCAACAGCGCUAAUUGUCAUGGAGGGAAUACAAUCGCAACACAAUUGCUUUGAUGCGCAUGGAUUUCAACUGUGUCUUUUUAUAGGGUUUCCUCGUGAGGAGAUGCGUGGGAAAUUGGCCAUUGGAAUAACAGCUAAUUUCGUUAACAACAAGACGCCUGCGGAGGAAAGGGUUCCCGAAAUAAGUGGUGUGGCAUAUAUCUUCAAUCAAGCAUUCUUCAAAGAGAUGUAUGCUAAGACAGGAGUUGAUCUGGAGAAUAUUGUUUAUUACAAGGACGACACUCAUUAUUUCGUAAUGUGUGCGAAAAAGCAAAGUUUAUUAGACAUGGGAGUCAUUCUCAAGGAUAACGACGAUGUUUCCCAAUUGUUGUCCACUCAAAACGUUGAUCAGGAGGCAUUAUGUCGUUAUGCACAAGCUGCGGCAGAUUUUGCCACUAACGGAAAGCUUCCUGCCCUGAAUUUUGCCAAAAAUCACCGAGGAAAUGAAGACAUCGCGAUGUUUGACUUUACAAGCCUCUACUCAUCCAAGUGUUCUGUACGACUGGUGGAGCGAAUGAAUAAGUGCCUCCUUAUGGGUAUCGUCGGUGAUUCGCUGCAUGAGCCUUUCUGGCCCACUGGAUCUGGCUGUGCACGUGGAUUUCUGGGUGUUCUCGAUACAGCGUGGUUGAUUAGAGAGUAUGGGUUGAACAAAAGAGGUCCGCUUGAAAUGAUUGCAGAGCGUGAGAGUAUCUAUCGGUUACUGGCUCAGGUCACCAAAGAUAACAUGAAUAAAGCCAUUAAUAAGUACACAAUUGAUCCCAAGACGCGUUACGUGUCUCUGGAAUCAACUCUCCAACCUGAGGAUGUCGUUCAGAUUGUAAGCUCUGAUAAUCCCAGAUUAGCACCCAUUGGGCAACCUCUUACCAUGAAUAAUAGCUCCUCCGUUCACAUGAACCCAGCUCUCAGAACAUAUUCCUUAUGGAAAUUUUGUCAUCAGGCUCUUUCACCCUAUAAACUGAAGAUGUUUGAUAUGGACUCAUGUUGGAAUGAUGGUCGAGCACUGGCAGGAUUAAUAGCCAAGUUUAGACCGGAAUUAAUUGACUACUUUUCUGUUAUUAGUUUGGAGAGCAGUAAAGAGAGGUUGCAGAUGGUCUUCAAAAUAGUGGAGGAGGCUAUGGCAGUGAAAGCUCCUUGUACACCCUCGGAAUGGCCUUCUUUGAUGGCUGAGGAAAAGAUUGCCUAUAUUGGAGAUAUAGUUGAUGCUGUAAGGUAA